AUGGACGGAACGACAUCCGCUGUAAAUUAUCUUCUCUCGCCAACGUCUAACGAUUAUUACGAUCAUCAUUCGUUACAACCUAUACAAUCGUUAGGCAAUUUAGCCUACUUUCAACCAGAAGCUGUUGAAUGUCUUUACGAGCAACAUAAAAAUGAGUUUCACCCAUCAUCAUCAUCAUCCUAUGGAUAUCAUUCUAUACCGCAACAAACAUCACAGCAGCAACCAUCGUAUGGAUAUGCGCCAUCGAUUUAUGAUAUGCAAUCAACGCAAUCAUUUGUUCAAGACUCAAACCUUUUAUUUUUACAAAAUCAACCUCGAUUACCACCUACUUAUGAUCUGCAAUCUACUUCACAAGUUAUGUCAUCAAAUAUGCCAGUGUCAACGAAACACUUGAAGAAAGAAAUGGAAGAUGGACCGGUACUAUCCGAGAAAAACCAUGUUUACGAAUGGAUGAAAGGAGAUCAAAUUCGACGAAAACAUCGACAAGUUUAUACACGGGCUCAAACAUUCGAAUUGGAAAAAGAGUAUCGAUUUAGUCAGUAUCUGACACGUAAACGGCGAUCUGAAAUUGCAGCAGCUGUUCAAUUGACUGAUCGUCAAGUGAAAAUUUGGUUUCAGAAUCGACGAAUGAAAGAAAAACGAGAAAAUCAAAAAUUUAAUCCAGCAGUAUCAACGUCGAAACAACGCUUGGAUUAUUCUUCAUAA